AUGUCGCGGGUUACAAGAACUGAUGCACAAGCAGCUCUCUUUGAUUACUUACAUUGUACAAGAGGGUUUAAUUAUGUGGAUGCCGAACAUAUUAGCAAGAACUCGCCUCAUUUUCUUCAAAGCUUGCUAUCCAAGGUUGAUAAUGAUCAAGACAUAACAAGGGCAUUGACUCGUUUCUUUAGAUACCAUCCGAUUAAUGAGUUCGAGCCGUUCUUGGAAAGCUUGGGGUUGUGCUCAUCCGAGCUUACAUCUUUGCUUCCGCGAAAUUUGAUCUUUUUGAGUGAUGACAGUGUCUUGCUUGAUAAUUAUCAUGUUCUUUGUGAUUACGGCAUUCCUCGUGUUAAAAUGGGGAAGAUUUAUAAGGAAGCGACUGAGAUAUUCGGAUAUGACUAUGGAGUAUUGGAUAUGAAAUUGAGGGCUUAUGAGAAAUUGGGUUUGAGCAGAUCAACAGUUAUAAAGUUGGUGACAUGUUCACCUACUGUUUUGCUUGGUGAGAUGAAUAGUGAACUUAUUAAGGUUCUUGAGAAAUUGAAAAUCUUAGGGUUUGAAAAUGAUUGGAUUGGAGGAUACUUAUCCAAUAGGCACUCCUACAAUUGGGGUAGAAUGCUUCAUACGUUGCAUUUUCUCAAUGAAGUAGGAUAUAGUGAUGAAAAGAUGGCGGCUUUGUUUAAGAUGAACCCUGCAUUCUUAUUUGAAGGCUCUGGGAAACGGAUUUAUGUGUUGGUUGGGCAGUUACUGAAGUUGGGUCUUAAAAUGAAUGACAUAUACUCACUAUUCUGUCAAAAUCCUAAUAUCCUAUCUCUGAAGUGUGCUAAAAAUCUCUGGCAGGCAUUGUACUUCUUGUUGGAGAUAGGAUUAGAGACCGAAAUUAUUGCAAAUAUUGUAUCUACACAUAUACAACUUCUGGGGUCACAUUCUCUGAAGGGACCAAAGACCGUUUUGAGGUGCUUCAAGGGCGACAAAUGUCGUUUAUGUGAAACUAUAAAAGAGGAUCCUUUGAAUUUAUUCAGAUUAGCCUCAAAAUCAAAAGUUAGCUUGGAGCAGAUGACUUCCCAGAACCCAGGAAAAUUAUUUGAGAAAACUGCUUUCUUGUUGAGAUUAGGUUACUUAGAAAAUUCAGAUGAGAUGGCAAAAGCUUUAAAGCAGUUCCGUGGACGAGGAGACCAGUUACAAGAGAGGUUUGAUUGUCUAGUAAAUGCUGGUCUGGACUGCAAUGUUGUAAUUAAUAUGAUUAACCAGGCCCCCACGGCGCUGAACCAGAGCAAAAAUGUGCUUGAGAAGAAAAUUGAUCUACUGAAAACAUAUUUAGGUUAUCCAGUGGAAUCUAUUGUGUCAUUUCCAUCUUACCUCUGCUAUGAUGUUGACAGAGUCCAUCUUCGGUUUUCAAUGUAUGCAUGGCUGAAGCAAAAGGGUGCUGCAAAACCAACAUUGUCAGUGAGCACUCUUCUUGCUUGUUCAGAUGCCCGCUUUGUAAAAUAUUUUGUUGACAUACAUCCAGAAGGUCCAGCAAUGUGGGAAAAUUUAAAAAGUUCACUUCAAUCCAGCUAA